AAAAGGCUGGAACAAAGGUGCCGCCUCUUUCUGCAUGACCUCCGCAGUAUACCACAAGUCAAGUAUCAUUGCCCCGCAGAGCAGGGAAUCGACAGAAGAAGUCGAUAAAAGAAACAUCCCUGCACACCAUGUCGGUCUACAACAGUCAGCUGGAUGCCUUUGAGCUCUACCACAAGAUUCAAGAGCACAAUGAGCGUCAAGGCUCUAGCACCGAUGGCAUAGGUCUCCCUGCCCUGGGCCAUGCCCUAGCAGGCUCUGCCGGUACUGCCUUGUCGCAUCUCAUCCUCUAUCCUCUCGACCUCGUCAUCACCCGUCUCCAAGUCCAGCAACAACUCAAGACGCCUGGAGAAGCUCCCUCGGCAGCAAAAGAAGCCGACGAUGCCGAGUACACCAGUCUCGCCGACGCUGCUCAAAAGAUAUACACACAUGAAGGGGGUCUACAAGCUUUCUGGAAUGGCUGCGCGACAGAUACGGCAAAGAGCGUCAUUGACAGUUUCCUCUUCUUCCUCGCCUAUACCGCUCUCCGCCAGCGCCAACAGAAAAAGCUCAACACCAAGUCCCUACCCAUCUUCAACGAACUAAGCGUAGGCAUUGCCGCCGGAGCUCUGUCAAAAUUCGUCACAACACCCAUCCAACAAAUCGUCACCAGAAAACAAACAGCUGCUUUGAUCGCAGCAAGAGACAAGACGUCAACACUCCCACCAGGUCUGGCCUCUCAACUCAGCAUCAAAGACAUCUUCCUCCAAAUUCGCAGCGAGCGCGGUCUCAAGGGCUUCUGGGCAGGCUACAGCGCAAGUCUGAUCUUGACUCUAAACCCAGCAUUAACCUUCCUCCUCCAAAACCUACUCAAGAAGACACUACUCCCUCGCUCUCAACGCGAACACCCAGGUCCCAAAGCUCUCUUCCUCAUCGCCGCAAUGUCCAAAGCUACAGCAUCUACUGUAACUUAUCCAUUCAGUUUGGCGAAGAGCAGAGCACAAGUUUCCAAACCCAUGGCAGAAGAAACCCAACGCCAACCUCCCUCAUACCUGGAGAAACCAGAUCUAUCUUCCGAUUCCAAAAUCACCGCAAAAUCCAAAAAAGUGCUGCGGCUAGUCUUCUUCCAACAAUUAUCCCAACUCGCCAUCAUCCGCUCCCUCAAAAACAUUUACCACACCGAAGGCAUCAAAGGCCUCUACAGCGGUCUAGACGCCGAAGUGGUAAAAGGUUUCCUCGGCCAUGGGUUGAGUAUGGUGUUGAAAGAGCGCAUCCACGUCUUGAUCAUAUCAGCUUAUUACAUGCUGUUGAAGGCGAUGAAGAAGUUCCCGGAAGAUUUGGGAAGUGUGGGUGAACAGGCAAAGGGGGAAUUCGAAAGGGUUAAAGGUGCGGCGGUGGGGAUGGCGGAGAGUGCUGUCGAGGUUGGUAGGGAGGCUGGUCAGCGUGUGCAGAAUGUUGGUGAGACUGUUGUCGAGGGUGUCAAGAAUGCUGUUGAGAGUGGGAGUAGUGGUGUCAGUGGGACCGUGCAGAGUAUGAGUGGUGGUGUGAGUGAGAAGGUGCAGAAUAUGAGCAGUGGUGUCGGGGACCGCAUCCAGAGCGCCAGCAACUCCGUCGUCGAGGGCGUCAAAGGUGUGAUCAAGACGGACGAGUUGUGAGGAUUGAAUUGCCUUCAUUGUUGUCACGAUGUCACGACGGGGAUAAUGGUUCACAGUACUAGUUCUUCUUUUAUUUUGUAAAUUCUUCUUUCUUGUAUUAACCA